AUGGAAAAUACGACUACCAGCAUGCCAGUGGUAUUUGAGGAUUCGCCGUCCUCCAUCAGUCCCUCGUCUUUUGAAUGCACAAAUCACCAAUAUACCACUGAAAUUUUGUCCUUGGAGCCUCCCAUGAUAUAUCUAAACAAUUUCAUCACCUUGGAAGAAUCACGGUAUCUGAUCAAGUUAGGAACCGACCACUACAACGGGUUUCGCGUCACUGGCGAAAAAGACGUGAAAGAUGGGAUCGCCCCUCCAUCUGCUGAUCUACCGAAGACAGACCCAGUGGUUUCCUGCGUUGGCCAACGGGCAUUGAAGUUUCUUGGAUUUAUGGGCCUCGAGGACUACGAGCCUCCCUGGUUGGUAAAAUAUGGGACAUCCCAGAUGUUGAGGAUACACCAUGAUCCAUCACCGAUAGAAGAACCUAUGGUCGACGAGAAUGGCCGCAGGUUCCAUAGAUGGGCAACUCUAUUCAUCUAUCUGGAAAAUGACUGUCUAGGAGGGGAAACGUUAUUUCCAAAUCUGCCUGCAGUUCCACCAGGAGCCAACAAAACCAAAUUUGCGACUACGAGGAGCGGCUAUGGAAUGGCAAUGCGACCACUGGAAGGGAGUGGUGCUUUCUGGGUCAACUUCCACCCGAAUGGAACCAGGAAUGGGUAUGUAGCGCAUGGUGGUCUCCCGAUUGUUGAUGGAUACAAAUAUGCUCUGAAUAUAUUUGCCAAGAAAUGGGCCGACUGA